GAAAUAUCCAUGCACUCAUGGGUAAGGACAGCCACUUCUGAAUCUUCCCAUUCAACUAUAUCAACCCUCCUUCUCUUCCAUACCCGUUCCUCACUCUCUCACUCUCUCUCUCUCUGCAACCCUAAAUUGGCUUCCCAUUCUCGAUCUCGCGUCUGAGAGUCAUGGCCCUGUCACGUGCCAUGCUCGUGCUCACCUUCUCCCUCGCUCUCUUCUCCUCGGCUGUCGCUCAGAUAUCGUUGCCGCCCACCGCCGCAACGCCGUCUCCUCCGAUGUCCAUGCCCCCAACCAGUACGGCGGCUUCGCCCACCGCCGCAACGCCAUCUUCUCCGAUGUCCAUGCCCCCAACCAGUACGGCGGCUUCGCCCACCCCCAUGUCCGCUCCACCCACUGCUACCAUGCCGCCUCCAUCGCCGGCGCCCUACCCAGUUUCAUCGCCGCCGCCGCCAAUGGCAUCACCUCCCAUGCCGUUAACUCCGCCGACGGCAACCCCGAGCCCAGUUUCAGGUUCGCCACCUACGGCCGCUGGACCCCCAUCGUCGCCGGCCGGGGCACCACCGACCGGGCCGGGAGGACCCAUGUCGCCGCCUGCGCCUUCUUCUAUCUCGGGGCCGGCCGGAGCUACGCCUAACUCCGACGGGUUUGUUCAUGGGAGCAGCAUGGGGGGCAUGGUAGCAUUGUUGGGAGGAAUCGCAGUAAUUCUGGCUUGAAGGGAAAAUGGUCCAUUUGAUUAUUUCUCUUUUAAUCGAUUUGGUGUAGAUUAUUAUUAUCAUCAUCAUUAAGAUAAUUACUAUUCUGUGUAUUCUUUUUUCAUUUGUAGUUUAUUAAUUUUUGGAGGUCCAUUUGUGAUUUGUGAGGAUGUUUUAAUUUGUGAGGGUGUUACAGAUCCUUUGUAACAUUUUGACUUUGAUUUAGAUGAAUAAGAGAGACUUGGAGAUUCUUGGUUGUGUUCAA